AUGCCUCCUCUGUCGGCCUACACUCCGUUUGAGUCGCUCCUCUUCUUUCAAUCCCUCGCCGCCCUAGAUAGCCGCCCCACCAGUUUCGUUUCCAUCUCCGAUGUACUGCGCAACAACCCGUUUAUCCGUCAGAAUGGUGCUUUCGAUGCGGGGCGGCUUGCCCCGGAGGCUCUCGAGGAAUUGUAUACAACCCUGAUGCGGGAUGGUGGGAACUCCGCCGACAUCAUCCCCUCCCUCGAACCCAACGGCCAUCAUGUGGAAAGCAACGGUGCUAACCCCAAGAAACGGAAGAUUACGAGCCCGCGGCCAGAUGGAUUAUCUGAUAAGGCAAUGAACCAUGCUGCGAUCAUACCGGAUCUGGUGUCGCAUCUGUAUGCCCGAUACAAAGAGCUUGUUACCCGGGAAAUUAGAAAUGAGGAGGUGAGGUAUAAGGAGAUCAAGGAUGAGAUAGAGCGACUACAGAAGGAAGAGCGCGAAACACCCAAGGGGCCUGUGCCAACGCCAGCUAUCCAGAAACCGACGCCGCAAGCACCCGAACCGAAACUCGAGCCCGAACCAGAGCCGAUGGAUGUGGACACCAAGGAGGAGAUGUCCGCUCAAAUACAGCCCAAGGUUGCGAACAAGCCUUCUGUUGAACUAGCGCCUGGGGUCGAUACCAAGCAACCCCAGGUAGAGCCGCAAGGCAAAGAGGUGGAUAUCCCGAAACAGCCCCCGGUGUCAACGUCGCAUCCAACACCAGUGGAGGCGCAACGCGUUCCUACACAACCGGUUGAGCAGCCGCAGAAAAGACCGGUGUCCACAGAAGUCCAGUCACAAUUACCUCCGCCGCCGCGACCACCGCAGCAACAGCCCUCUGGCCCUCAGCCCAUUCCACAAACAACUCCCAAACCACCUCAACCACAGGCCCUCAGCGGAAAGCCACCUGCAACACCCAAACAACCUCCCCUAGCGCCCCGAGAUACUUCUGUCAGUCAAACUCCAACGAAUGUUCCUACAGUACAGAAACCUAUACCUCCGUCCGCUACCCCAGUACCGGGCAUUGGUACUCUACCUGCUCCUCCAGCAACUCCCUCGCAAGUCCCGCUAAAUGCAAAUGCCCCGGCCAUUUCUCCCGCCCCUCAGAAGCCAAUCUCCACCGGCAGACCAGCUGGCAAAGAAGGCCCACCAAAGACUCCAGCUGCUACGGCUCCUCGCCCUCCACCUCAAUCGAGUUUCCAGCAGUGGUCGUUGAACCCACCUCCUCAAACACCACGACCCGCUUCUUCGCACCCGACCCCAGAGCCCUCUGGUCAGACCACUACUGAAAGACCUUUCCCAUCGCAUCCACCUCAACCAUUACCGAAGCCAGAGACAAAAGCGGCCUUCCAGACACCUCAACCAACAACCAUCCCAUCAACUCCGCAGCCCCUCUCUACCGUUGAGCAGUCGCCAGCACCUAGCAGCAUUGGUACUGGCUAUGAGACGCCAGCUAGAGCUGCACAAGCUCUGUUGUACUCGGAGUCCAGAAAUGCGCGUCUCCGUCUAACCAUCGCCACUCCUGGCUCUCUUACGCCUUGGAAAAAGACUCCUCGACUGAGCAUACCACAAUCUCCUCGUUCGCCAGAACGGCCGCGACGGGAGGAUGUAAGUCCCAUUAGCGAGAAGGCGCCUUCGUUGAUGGGGUCUCGCGAAGCGACGCCGGAGGAACCUGUGCCUCCACCUCGGAGGCGUGGGCGGAAUGAAGGGAAGGGCUCUGGACGAGGCAGAGAUUCAGAAGUGGCAGGGGCUGAUGUAGACGGCAAGGGAGGGCUGAAGCCGAAGCCAGAGAAGCACCUCGGCAAGGGCCGCGAUAGGAGCGCAGCUUCGUCUAGAAGUCGGGGGCGCUCUGUAUUGUCCCGCGACGAGGAGUCUGAAUCUGUAUACCCGGGAAAGAUCAAACAUGAGAUGCCUAGCACGCCAGCUGGUAUCUCGGAGGCCGCCGAACCCGAACCUCGUCCUUCUAGUGGCCGCAAAGGUACUGCUGCUUCAGAGGACCGCCCGGGUAGAGGCAGACCGAAACGUAAGCGCGGUGCCAGUGAAGCGUUGGAAGCAGAAACCCUACCCCCCGAGAUUAACCACAUCAGCCGUAUUGACCCGAAUCAAACGACAUCUUAUGUUCUCUGUGCUCGUAACUUCCCUAGGACGGGUGCUCCGAUCAUGAAUGAUGUGACUACUCAUAAACACGCGUCCAUCUUUACCAAGCCAUUGACCGAACGCGAUGCCCCGGGGUAUCGAGAUCUCAUCUACCGGCCACAGGAUCUGAAAUCCAUCAAAUCAUCCAUUCAUCAAGGCAGCAAAGCUGUGGCUGCUGCUACGGAAGCCGCAAACACACCCGUCGCGGACGGUGAAUCUCCGGCCCCGAAUGCCGGAACACCAUCGAAGAAUGCGGUUCUCAUGCUGCAGAAGACCGAGGACGUUAUUCCUCCCAAAGGAAUAGUCAACUCGGCGCAGCUGGAGAAGGAAUUAAUCCGGAUGUUCACCAAUGCCGUCAUGUUCAAUCCUCUCCCUCAACGCGGAUUCGGACCCGCCUUUCCGAUGACUAGCGACAGCGGGUCGAGAGAGAGCACCCAGGUUCCGGAGUUGGACGAAGGAGGUAUCAUCAACGACACGGUAGAAAUGUUCGAAGAUGUUGAGCAGGCGGUCACGCGAUGGCGCGCGGCCGAACGAACUGCCGAUGAACUGGCGAGCAAGAGCAUUCUGUCGCUUCGCAGGGGAAGCGCAAGUGACCUUAACACGGAUAGCGCCGACGAAGUUAAGGGAUGA